AUGGAGACGAGGGAGAGCCCGCGGGCUGCCCGCGUCUCGCUCGUGCUGCGCGGCCUCGGCCACGUCGUCAUGUCGCUGAGCCCGUUCGCGACCUACGAGGCGCUGCUUCUGCGGUACCGCGCAUUGCAAGCCAUUGGGAUCGAGUACCGCGACAUCGACGCCGCCGCCCACACACCCACGGCGCAGAACGUGCCCUACGGCGACGACGCGCGGCAGAUGCUCGACGUCUACGCACCUGAAACGGCAAAGGACGCGCCGGUGCUCGUCUUCAUCCACGGCGGCUGCUGGGUCGGCGGCGACAAGUCGACGGUCGCGCCGCUCGGCGCCGCCGCGGCGAAAGAGGGCGUGGUCGUCGUCGCGGCGACGCACCGCGCCCUGCCCGACUGCGCCAUGGAGGCCAUGUGCGACGACGUCGCGGCGGCCUUCGCCUGGACGCUGGCGAACGUCGGCCGCUUCGGCGGCGACGCGGGCCGCGUCGCGCUCGGAGGCUUCUCGUCCGGGUGCCACCUCGCCGCGACGGUCGCGACGAACCCCGCCUACCUUCUCCGCCGCGGCGUCGACCCGGAAAAAUCCCUGCGCGGCGUCGCCUGCGUCGACACGGGCCUCUACGACCCGCGGCUCAUGGCCGAGGCCCGCCCGCGGUACGCGAAUCUCGCGCCGAACGUCGUGCCCUUCCUCCACGCGGCGGCGGCCUCCGGGGCGCCGGACUUCUACGAGCGCGUCAGCCCGGCCUUCCACGCGCCGACGGCGGCCCUGGGAAGCGACGUGUCCGUCCUGGUCGCCGUCUCGACGCUCCACGCGGCCGCGAACGGCGCCCAGGUCGAGCGCUUCGCCGCGGCGCUCCGGCGCCGGUGCCGGCGCGUCGACGUCGUCUACAGCGCCGCGGACCACCACGGCGUCAUGGACGGCCUCGGCGACCGCGACGACGCCGUCUUCCGGAAGCUCGUCGAGCUUUGCCGGGGCAUGAACGGCUUCUUCGCUGCCCUGGCCAGUGCAUGCACGAUGGGGGGCGGCCAUGAGGAUCAUGGCGACACCGUCGAGCACGCGAAGAUGAAGAAGAAGAAGACGAUCCGCAUCGCCCACCGGCCGGACAACCACGAGAGCGAGCACCCGGAGACCUACUGGGAGCUCUUCUACGACUUGAUCCUCGUCGUCGUCUUCAUGCGCCUCAGCGCCGUCAAGUACAACCCGAGCGCCACGGGCUACGCGACGACCGUCGCGCUCUUCCUCUCCUUCUGGAGCUCCUGGUCGCUGCUCAACGUCUACCUCACCAAGUUCGCCGCGGACGACGUGCUCCACCGCUUCUUUCUAGCCUUCCACGUCGUGUCGUCCUACGUCGCCGCGACGUUCCUGAGCCACGUCGACUACGAGUUCUUCGACUUCAACCACCAGGCGACCUACUUCGCCACCGCGACGAUCGUCAACCGCCUCGGGUUGGUCGGCGUCUGGGCGCACGUCGCGGCGCGCGCGCGCCACCGCGAGAGGUUCAUGCAGGACACGGGCCUGAAAUUGCUGGGCCUCGGCCUCUCCAUCGUGCUCUUCGGCUGCACCUUCGCGCUCAACCCGCACGUGGACCCCAAAGCGUCGAAGACCGUGGCGCUCUGGCUCGUCGCCGUGCUCGUCGAGCAGCUGCCCACGAUCUACACGUGCGUCGGCGGGUCCAUGCACUUUUGCUCCGAGCGUGCGGGCGAGCGCAUGUCCGCGUGGAUCAUGCUCGCCUUCGGCGAGUCCAUCGUGGGCAUGCUCGACCACGAGCACACCUUCGCCCACAUCUACCUCAAGGUCGACGUGUUGACGUGCCUCGCCGUCGUGAGCAUGGCCGUGCUCUACUUCGACACGACGCACGUCCACAAGCUCAUGGAGUUUUUAGGGGACCAGGGCGCCCGCUACACGCAGGCGGCCGUCAUGCUCCUCCACGGGCCGCUGUCCAUGACCGUGUUCCUCAUGGGCGUGGGGCUGAAGGGGCUCGGGUACACGGUGUCGAACUACGAGGAUCUCAUGUCGUCGACGGGCUGCCACACGGGCGACUACAAGAAGAUCAACUUCCCCGCGCGGCCCAUUCGGCGCCUCAGCGAGGGGGGCUACACGCUCGACGAGAUCAACAACAUGCACAAGGACUACAUGUGGCUCACGGUCACGUGCAUGAUCAUCAUCGUCGCCGCGUGCUCGCUGAGCGGCUACCUGCUGCCCGUGCGCGCGUCGUUCCCGCGCUGGCGCCUCCACCUGGGCCGCCUCGGCUCCAUCUUCGUGAUCCUGUGGACGCUGCACCUCGCGGCCAACGAGCAGACGCUCAACUCCGAGUGCCUCAAGGCCGCGAGCGGCGACGAGGGCGCGCGCCGCCGGCUCGAGGACCACGCGGACCACGACGCGGACCACGACGACCACGCGCACGACGACGAGUCCGGGGAGGCCUACGCGGACACGGACCCGCUCUCCGACGACGGCUACUCCUUCAUGCACUCCAUCAUCAUGCUCAACAUCCUCGCCUUCGGCGCCGUCUUCAUCGGCUUCGUCGCCGUCGACCACGAGCGCGAGCACACCUACGACGCCUUCGAGGAGGAGGGCCACGGCGGCGAGGCCGUCCACGUCCACGACGCGAGCGAACACCGCGAGGGCCGCGAGAUGGCCGAGCUCGGCGGCGAGGAGGGCGCGUCCACCGAGGUCUAG